UUCCAAAUAUGGCCGUUCUGAUUCGUUUUAGAUGUAUUUUACUGUUUCUGUCGGGGAUGCUUUUGUUUUCUAGCGCAACAUCACACAUACCAGUCAACAAAGAAAAGGAGGAUCGUAGAAUUGAUAGAAUUGAGGAAUUGUUAACAAAUCAAAAUGAACGAAUUCGGACUUUAGAGAAAAUUGUAACUAGCCAGCAAAAUGAAAUACAAAAUUUGCGAGAUGAAGUGUCAGAUCUAAAAAGCAAUGAUCGAAUUCAUGAGCGAAAACUAUUACGUCUUGUUGCCAUUUUGACAAAAUCUACCCCUAAAAUGGCGGAUGUUGUUACCAGUGCGUCUAUGAAUGAUUCCGAAAUGUCAAAAAUACCAAAGAAAGAUAUAACAUUCGAAAAAGACAACAAACGACUACUAGAAGGUGGUAUACCAACCGCACCAGUUCCUACAAUAAUGCCUACAACGACAGCGUUUUAUGCCUACAUGAGUCAACAUCAACCAUCCCCUAGUGCUCACCAUACUCUCAUAUUCGACACAGUAGUAACAAAUGAAAACAAUGGCUAUCAUCCUUUUUCGGGAAUAUUUAUUGUUCCGGUAAAUGGAAUAUAUGUAUUCACUUUUAGUAUUAGGGUGGAUUGUCAUAGUAACGGCCCGUAUGAAAUUGUGAAAAAUGCUGAUGUAGUCGGAGUGGUCAACUCUGACCUACAGCAGGUGUGCCUUCAAGAUCAUCUAGCAGGAACUGUCGUUAUAACUGCCAAAAAAGGGGAUGAUGUGUUUGUAAGAACGCAUAUAGGAACACGUCACGGAAUGAUUGUGAGUGAUUCAAAUGGAAGAUCGUCAUUCGCUGGAUGGAUGAUUUCAUCUUAA